AUGGUCAGGAAACUUAAGUGGGAAGAAGUUGGUGUAUCCAACGGGCCAUCAUUUCUUUCUCCUGGUUGUGUCAGCUCUAAGAAUUGUGAUCUUCUUUUCACUUCUGGGUGUGUUGGUAAUGAUCCGAUCACCGGCGAGUACCCAGAAGACGUGGAAUCUCAAGCUAGAAAUGCUAUGGAGAACAUGAAAAGAGUUUUGGAAUCUGCUUCUUCGAAUUUUGAUUACGUUUUAAAGGCUUUACUCUUUAUUUCGGACCCCAGCUACGCGAGUGCUGUUAACAAAGUGUAUCAAGAAUUCUUUCCUGGCAGGCCAUCAAGAAGUUGCAUUGUGGUAAGCUUCCCCGAUCCCAAACUUAAAUUCGAAAUGGAAUGCGUGGCAGAAGUUCCAGCCAACUGA